UGAAAGGUAUUUGGGCAAAAUUUGUUCGGAAACUUUUUUUAUGAAAUUUUGAGUUAUAUUUAAAUUGAAUCGUGUAAUUGAAAUGUAAAACUUGUUACUAGAAAUUAAAAAAAAAAACCCAAAAUCAUGUGAAAAUAGGUGUAACAAUUUAUAAUUCAACAGUAAAUUCGUUUCUCGUUACAUACGUUAAAAACGUAUUGAAUCAGAAUGAUUAACAGGUUAAUUUUUCUCUUGGUCUUCUUGGUGUUGUACAUACUUUCCAGUUGCGAGCACUGCCAAUGUUUGUUGUCCCUCAUAACGAUUUACCGUCAUGGAGCAAGAUCUCCCAUCCGUUUGUACAAAAACGACCCCUACAUCAACAUGUCCAAAGAAUUAUGGCCGGAGGGCUUAGGCCAGUUGACGAAUCUUGGAAAAAUGCAGCAAUACCAACUGGGCCAAUGGCUACGCAGUAACUACAAACACUUCAUUCCGGAAAACUACGACAGAUCGUUCAUCCAAGUGCAUUCGUCGAACAAAGACCGCUGCCUGAUGUCCGCAGCGACCAAUUUAGCCGGGUUAUUUCCCCCGAAGCGGGACCAAAUCUGGAACAAAAAGCUGCAAUGGCAGCCCGCCCCCAUUCACACCCUGCCCGAGUCCCAGGACGCGAUCUUGGCCAUCGGCAAACCCUGCCCCCGGUUCGCGAAACUCCUGGAGGAUUUCAUGCGGAAUUUCCCCUUGCACCAGAAUUUCCUGCACGAAACGCAACACAUGCAGGAGUACAUUGAGAAGAACGUGGGCGCCGAGAUGAGCCUGGAUGAUUUGAAGUCAUUCCACGACACGCUGUUCGUGGAGAGAAGCAUGGGGUUGACGUUGCCCAAGUGGACCCACAAGGUGUUUCCGGAGCGCACCAUACAGUAUAUAACCUAUUCGUUCGUUUUGCCCACUUACACUCCCCAGCUCGCUAGGCUGAUGGCCGGUCCCCUAAUUAAUAAAAUUACGGAUUUCUUUGAAAACGUACUAGCCGAUCCGGCGAAUAAUCCCAAGUAUCUGAUGCUAUCAGCGCACGACAAGACCAUGAUCUAUUUGUUGAACGCACUGGAAAUAUACGAUAAUGUCUGGGUCGAAUACGCUUCCGCCAUCAAUUUUGAAUUAUACAGCUGUCGGGAGAAGACGUUCAUUAACGUUAAAUUUAAGAAUAGCACCGGCCAUAUUAGUUUGACUAUAAAACAUUGCGAGAACGAUUGCGAAUUCGAGCGAUUCAAGAAAAUUACGACGCACUUGCGGAUCAACCCGCAAGCUUGGAGCAACGAAUGCCACAAUGGCUGAGAGAAGUUAUUAAAAUAAAUUGUUAUGAAAAUAAAGCUUUUGC